CUCCAGGCCAGGGUCAUUUCUUUACUUGCACUAUCAGAGGCAGCACGUCCAGCUUGACAAACUCCAGGAGGCUCCUGAUAGGGGAGCCUGUGGGCGCCAAUCUAGGAGACCAAACCCCACCUGCUGCAAUCCGCCAACCCAACCCCGUCCGCGAGUCUUUUCUCCUCCUGGGCACCCUCGUGGAGCCGCGGUAGCCACGCGGGCACCAGAAAGAGCCCCUGGACUAACUAGGCGAGCAAGUUUGGACUCGCGGGAAAUCCCGCAGAAGUCUGCGCCCGGAACCGCCGCCUAGGAGCAGUCCCGGGAUCGCCGCCUCAGAGAGCCACUCGGCCUAAGGAACGACCCAGCCGGGCUCUCCGGAUCAGGAGAAGCUCUGCAGGCCCGCGAGCCCGUCCACUCAACUCGGCCCGGCCUGCUGUCGCCCUCGGGCUUUGCGAAGAUGACGGCCAAGGCCGAGGUCUGCUUCGCGAAGGAGGCUUCUCAGCAGAUCGUAGCUGGUGGUUCCGCUGGUCUUGUAGAAAUUUGCCUGAUGCACCCCCUCGAUGUGGUGAAAACCAGGUUCCAAAUCCAGAGAUGUUCAACUGAUCCAAACAGUUAUAAAAGCUUAGGAGACAGCUUUCUAACAAUUUUCCGAAGUGAAGGGCUCUUUGGUUUUUACAAGGGAAUUCUACCACCCAUAUUGGCUGAAACACCAAAAAGAGCAGUGAAGUUUUUCACCUUUGAGCAGUAUAAGAAAUUGCUAGGAUCUGUGUCACUGUCACCAGCAUUGACAUUUGCCAUUGCUGGACUGGGAUCUGGACUAACAGAAGCCAUCGUGGUUAACCCUUUUGAGGUAGUAAAAGUUGGCUUGCAAGCCAAUCGGAACAAAUUUGCAGAGCAACCAUCCACUAUGAGUUAUGCAAGACACAUCAUUAAGAAGGAAGGCUUGGGCCUCCAGGGCCUCAACAAGGGAUUUACAGCAACUUUGGGACGUCAUGGAGUUUUCAACAUGGUUUAUUUUGGCUUCUACUACAAUGUCAAAAACAUUAUCCCUAUCAAUAAGGAUCCAACCUUGGAGUUUUUGAGAAAAUUUGGGAUUGGUCUUCUCUCAGGCACAAUAGCCUCAGUCAUUAACAUCCCUUUUGAUGUUGCCAAAAGUAGGAUUCAAGGGCCUCAGCCAGUUCCUGGAGAGAUCAAGUACAGAACCUGUUUUAAAACGAUGGCAACAGUCUAUCAGGAAGAAGGGAUUCUAGCUUUGUACAAAGGCCUGCUUCCCAAGAUUAUGAGGCUUGGACCAGGUGGUGCAGUGAUGCUGCUGGUUUAUGAAUACACCUAUUCAUGGCUUCAGGAGAACUGGUGAUUGCCUAUGAAGUGUUUUUACCCCUUAAGAUAAUUCAUAUUUGCUAUAUAGCACUUUGAGACUAUCAAUCAGCUAAGCUGACACAAUUACGAAUUAUAAUUAUGCAACAAUUAUAUAUAAUUAUAAAGGGGAAAACAAUUUAAGAACAAAACCUAUUAUGAUACUUCAAAAGUUAUGUCUACAUAAUUUGAGACUGUAGUUCUGGCUAUAGCCAUAAAAUUGUAAGAAGAAAAAUAAUAUAAAACCAUAAAGUAUGGAGACUGAAUAUAGAAAAAUAGCAUAGAAAAGCAAUAUAAAUUUUGUGACUUAUGCUUAACCUACAUCAUUACACAAUGAAAAUCCAUUGUUUGAUUGUUUUUUCCCAAGAGGCCAAGAAAUGCUUAAAGUUAAAAAAAGCCAAAAUUAAAAUAUUUCUGAUAAGAAUUAAAGUCUUCCAUAAAUAAUAUUUAAAAGUCACAAUGAAAAUAUUUUUGAAGUGCACUAAAAUGGUCUUUUAAAAAUAUUGACUUUUAUGUUAAAAUGUAAAUCUUUUUUUAGUAAUAAUACAUAUCUCAGCUCUACUUUUAAAAAUCUAUUUUAUAUUUUGCAAUGUUGUUUAAAGCAGGUCAUACUUUAAAAUCUAGAUAUUUGCAGUCUCUCAUGACAAAUAGAAAACACGAAGUGACAUUAAACUGCUUUCCUUCACAUUGUUCCCUUUGAAAACCAGUUUCGCCGCUGAAAUGCGCUCAUGUUGAGUCACGCGUGGGAACCACUCUUUGGGCCCAUUUGUGCUGUCUGCCUUUGCAUCCAAAUACCUCUGUUAACUACUCUUACUAUGCCACUCUUAAAAAGGAUGUUUCAAGUAAAGAACAUUUCCAGGUUACUAGUUAUAAGUACCAGCUUCAAGCUAUGAAGUCUAUUUGCAAUGUUAAGAUAUGUAUUAUUUGGGAAAAAUAACGUUUCAAAAUAGAAGUACAUUCUUAGCAUUUCCAAAGAUUCCUGCUCUAACACACUUCAAAAAAUAUCUUCUUGGCCUUGAUAUAAGCACAGAAUUUUAUAUCCACAUCCUUAAAUGAUGCUACUUCAGUAGCUAAAAAUCACCCAAAAUAUCUGCAUGUUCUAGGUGACACCUGUUAUUAACUAUGACUGUGGGGUAUUUCUACCAUGAAGCUAUGUCACUAAGGCAUUUUGAAAAUAAAAAAUAAAAGAUAACAUGGUAAUUAUUACUUUUUAUUAACUUAGAGAAUUUGAAGUAUAAAAAUAAAGGCUUUUGACAUGCUGUAUAUACAUACGCAGCCUUCGGUUGUACAUCCUUUCCAGCGUGUUUUUCUUUAAUUUAUAGUUCAGCCCAAUAUUCAAAAGAGUGUCAUCGAAAGUAGGAGAAAAACAAGAGAAAUAAGAAUGUGUCUAUUGUACAACUGCAUCCUGUCCUUGCAGGUAAUUCUCCCUCCGCGGGGAGAGAGCCCAUGGAAUUGACUCUUCCACCUCUCCGUGUGGAUGGGAUGCAAGAGAAUCUCUGAAGAAUGCACUUGCCAGUUAAAAAACACUUUCACCCCCUAAGAAACAGAGGAAAUAUGUCAACAUUACUCAAUAGUAAUAAUGUUUAGAAGUCCAACAAUCUCAACCUCAUAUCCCAUCCCAUUUUCCUUCUCUUAUUUUUAAAAGUAGCUUUAAACCAUAAUUGCUCCAUAUAGCAAAUUGUAUUUGGGGUUCUGUUGUUUUUUUUAAUUUAUUUCAUGUGAAUUCACUGUUACUAAGAAAAGACCUAGA